AUGAUCUUUGCCGCCCGUGAACUUCUGGAGAAGUGCCACGAGAUGCGGACCCACCUGUACUCUACCUUCGUGGACCUGACGAAAGCCUUCGACACGGUGAAUCGUGAAGGACUGUGGAAGAUCAUGCAGAAAUUCGGCUGUCCGGAGCGAUUCAUUCAGAUGAUGCGUCAGCUGCACGACGGUAUGAUGACGCGAGUCACGGACAACGGAGCUGUCUCAGAGGCAUUCGCAGUGACCAACGGAGUGAAGCAGGGAUGCGUGCUGGCGCCUACCCUCUUCAGUCUUAUGUUCUCUGUCAUGCUAACGGACGCCUACCGUGAUGAACGCCCAGUGAUCCGCAUCGCCUACAGGACAGACGGUCACCUUCUGAAUCAACGGCGGAUGCACUUCCAAUCACGCGUAUCUACAACUACCGUUCACGAACUUCUCUUCACCGACGACUGCGCCCUGAACACCACCUCGGAAGAGGAGAUUCAACGGAGCAUGAACCUGUUCUCCGCCGCCUGCGAGGACUCCGGUCUGGUCAUCAACACGCAGAAGACGGUGGUCAUGCAUCAACCGCCAACCAUCACAGCCACACCUCCCAACGCGCCACCGCCGCAAAUUAGUGUAAACAGAACCCGACUGCAAGUGGUGGAGAACUUCCCGUACCUGAGCAGUACGCUCUUCCGUAACAGAAAAAUAGGUGACGAAGUCGCUCGCAAGCUCUCAAAAGCCAGUCAAGCCCUCGGCCGCCUCCAAAGCACAGUUUGGAAUCAUCACGGUCUUCAACUAAACACGAAGCUGAAGAUGUACAAGGCCGUCAUCCUGCUGACGCUACUGUAUGGAGCGGAGACUUGGACGGUGUACACGAGGCAGGCACGCCGACUGAACCACUUCCACCUCAGUUGUCUCCGUCGCAUCCUGAGGCUGAGUUGGCAGGAUCGCAUCCCCGACACUGAUGUACUGGAACGGACGGGAAUCCUCAGCAUCUACACCAUGUUAGACAAAUGCAGCUGCGCUGGAGCGGCCACCUGGUGCGCAUGGACGACGAGCGACUACCCAUACGACUCUUCUAGGGAGACGUCGCGACGGAUUCUCGCCGCCAAGGAGGCCAAAUUCAUCGAUACAAGGAUACUCUGA